AUGGAUGGGACUGUGAAAAGUGCAAGACUGAGCGUGCUCAGGACUCUCCACAUGUUACUAAAACUGUUAGUCCAAACAUCUCCAGAAUGUUUGGAGACCGGGCAUGUCGAAGACAUUCCGGUAUUGAUGAAAGAAUGUCUCGUUUAUGCUUCCUUCUUGUGCGUCAGAAAAUUCAUGGAAUUGUUCGGCAGAGAGCUGGUCUUAGGUUCGGCAUACCUCGACGAGACGUUCGCGACCAUUAGGGAGAAAUUGAUGAAGACCAGUCAGCAGAUGACUCGACUGCCAGUGCUCUCCCAAUCCGUCGAACCUUCUGGACCUCAAGGCAGGCAGACACCUUGCCGAGAGCUCCUCGAGGUUUUGUUUUGGCUGCAGCAAAUGGACGAUGAUUGUCACGAGGUCGUGCUUGAGCUUCUUCCAGCCCUCGCCAGCUGCUUCAGUGGAACAUGCGAAGCAGAUUCACACGACAUCGCACUGAGCUCUGCUUUUCAACAUUUCCUCAGCCGCCUCCGAAUCCAAGGUCAUGAAUUCUUCCAUCCUAACGAUCAGGAGAAAAUUCGGAACGUCAAUCAACUUCUUUUGAUCUGA